UGUCAGGUUCACGUCGAAUUUACGUCGAUUCCAGUGAGUUCCUAAUUUCGCGCAAACGUUGGAAGCAGCGACCCUGAAGGAGGUUCGCCGAGGUUAUUUAUUCAUCGCUGAAAAAAUAUGUGCAGAGAAUUCAGAUUACUGCUUUUGAGCGGCCUCCUGCUGAUGUUCGACCUCGUCACUGCGACGAUUUCCGCGGAAAAUCCGUUCGACUUCGAGACGGUUCACACGAGCAACGCGGCGGUCCUGAACCGACUCGGGCUGACGCCUCUCCAAAUACCGGACGGUCAUCACAAGAAGCGGCUGGCCGGGCCGGAGCCGCCGCGACUCGGCUCGCAGACGCGCAUACAUCAGCCUUACAGUCGUCGUCACAGUCACCGGGACAGCCACAUCUACGUAGUGAAGCUCCCGGCCAGUCCGCCGUACUACACCAUCACGAAGCCCCACAAAUCCGUCAGCGAUGACAAAGUGACCAAGACCGGGCCGAGCUUCCCGGUGGGGUUUCAGGGAAACGGUAAACCCGCCAAGAUUUAUCACUGGAAUUUGCCGGUUGUCAAGAAAAUUACGGAGAAGAAGCGUCUCCAGCUGAGCCAGCUGAUGAUGGACCAGGCGAGGAAGCGGCAGAAAACGUCCCCCGCGAAUCAAUCAUCCCCGGACGCGACCGGCAAGAAUAAUCGUGUCAAUGACGAUAAUAAGCUGCAUCAUCAUGCCUACCAGAAGCCAGCGCUCAAGCACGUGAGGAAUAACGACAAGAGGCUCACCUAUCCGGAGAACAGUAACGAUUUCAAGCUCGAAUUGACGAAGAAGAACGGGAACGAUAAUAAGAUCUACAGACUGGACGAUUUCAAUAACUUGCACAGGAUCCACCUGGCCAACGAGUUCCACGGCUCGAAAAACAUCACGCCGAAGAUGAAGAAGCACCGGAAGAAGGCCGCCAUGUCUUAUUACGCGCCACUUGGUGUCAAGACUGGCUCCACCAGCAUCCACAAAAAUUUUCCCGGAAACGGCAAACCCAAGGCUUUCUACAUCAUGGAGAAGAGCCGCAAACCGGUGUACUAUCAUCCUCUCCUACCUUAAUCCUUGAUUGUUGUCGUGUGUAAUUGUGCACAAUCAUGUAAUGUGUUAAGUGGCCCGUGAGCCUCUGUUAGCCUAAGUAGACGCGGUAUAAUAUUCUGUUUGCAUAGGGUCAGGGGUCGCCGUUUUUUAAUAGAGACAACGACAGAAGAGAGAGAGAGAGAGAGAGAGAGAGAGAGAGAGAGAGAGAGAGAAACAGAGACUUCCUUAUACUUAUUUGGUAGUUCUUACUUAAGGGGAUGUACUGGACUUGUGUCUGUUUUAUCGACAAAUAUUAUUUUUAUUUGACUAUUUGUCGGCUGCACAGAAUAAAAAAUCCUUUACUAGAAUUCAAAUAUUCAUAAUAACAAAUAUGGGCU